AUGGCGAUGGAAGGGCUGGAGUCGAUUCCCCACAUCUCUGAGAGGAGCAAGAACGAGAAACUGCCCGUCAAGUACGAGUGUGCCCGCCCCGUGUUCCUGGAGAUAACGCAGAAGCAGGCAGACGCCGCCAAAGACCACGGCCAGCGACUCAUCCUUACGCCCAGCGACCCGUCCCGAAUGCCUUGGAGCACGGGCUACGCCGAGACGAUAAACUCGGGCAAGAGCCUCUACUCGAAUGAGGACCAGGCCGCCAUGCACAUUGGCUCCCUCCACGUCCCUGGCGCUGGUCCAGACAAGACCGUAGCCAACAUCCCCUACACUUUGUUCUGCAUCUUCGACGGGCACGCGGGGACUGGGGCGGCCCUGACAGCCGCUCACACGAUGCACAUACACAUCAGAGAGAAACUGGGCGCCGUGAAGCACUUUCUGGCUCUACAGCAGGCCGAGGUGAUAGCAGAGGAUGACCCUGGGCUGGGCUGCAUCACUGAGCCCAUCCCCACAGAGCUGCUGGUACAGGGGGCGCUGGAGGAGGCGUUUGCCGAGAUGGACGACCAGAUUCGCCGCGAGCGUGCCACCUACAGCAUCAAGGGAGGCUGCACAGCUAUCGUAGCGCUGUUUCUCCAGCAGAAACUCUACGUGGCCAACGCCGGAGACUGUCGGGCAAUCCUCGUCGCCAAUAACCUGCAGGACAUAAUUCCUCUCUCCAUGGACUUCACCCCCGAGACCGACAGAAAACGGCUCCAGACGCUCGCCUUCCUCCAGCCACAGCUACUGGGGAAACACUUUGGUCGCAUCGAGUUCCAACGGAGGCUCCGCAAGAAGGACCUCGGACAGAAGGUCUUGUUUCGCGACCGGCACAUGUCCGGUUGGUCCUACCGCAUUGUCUCUGGUGACGACGUGAACCGAGUCCCCAUGAUAAUUGGCCACGGGAAGAGGGCCCGCCUCAUGGCCACCAUCGGUACCACUCGAGGUUUCGGAGACCACGAUCUAGAGGCGCCCGGCGGACAGUGGAUCAAACCCUUCCUCACUCCGAUCCCAGAGGUCAGAGUCCACGAACUCUCGACCCACAAGUACACCGAGAGAGAGGUGUUCAUAAUGGCAUCGGACGGACUGUGGGAGAGACUCACCAACGAAGAGGCGCUGGAGUGCGUCCAGCAGACUUUCCGAGACUUCGAGGAAGAGAAGGACGACAAGUCGGACAGAAUCUAUACCGCCAUUGCGCACAACCUGGUCCUGGCAGCUAGGAUCCACUUGGGACUUGUACCGGCGAGUGAGGCCGAGAAUAUCACCAUGGUUAAUCCCCAGAUCACCGUGCUAGGAGACAGUGCAGCCUGUGUCUGCUACGUGAGACUCAACCAAACUAUCACCAAUCUCCCGUCGUCCCUGCUGUGUCGCGACUCUCAACUGAAGGAAUUGAGGGAGUGGGUGAGGGAGAGGAUGGACCGGAGUGAGGCCGGGGCUCUCUAUGUAUCUGGGGCACCGGGAACUGGAAAGACUGCCUGCAUCACUCACGUACUCAGAGACAUGAAGAGAAUUUGUCGUUAUGGUGGGCGAAAAUUGUUGUUUGAGUGCAGGCCCUCUUCACCCACCUGGCCACCCAGCUGCGGGGGAGCAGGAGGAGGAGGAGGGGGAGGGAGGGGGAAGAAGAAGGAACUCGCACGAGACAGACUUUCAAGACACUUCACCUCCUCCAAGAAACCCAUACUGAUUGUCCUGGAUGAGAUGGACCAACUGGACUGCCGUAAUCAGGAGGUUUUGUACUCUCUCUUCGAGUGGUCAUCACUCCCUCACUCACAACUCUUACUCAUUGGUAUAGCGAAUGCCCUGGACCUAACCGACCGGAUCCUGCCUCGUCUGACAAGCCACACCCACUGCAAGCCACGCCUCCUCCACUUCCCUCCGUACACUAGGGAGGAGAUAGCGACCAUCUUGAAGGCCAGGGUGGGUGGGAGGGAGGAGAGGGAGGGACGAGAGGAGGUGAUUGUCGACCCUGCUGCCAUUGAGUUCUGUGCCAGGAAGGUGUCGUCGGUACAUGGAGACCUGAGGAAGGCACUGGACAUUUGCAGGAGAGCCAUUGAGAUGGUGGAGUCACAGAGUCACCGUCCCACACACCCCACCUCCCCUCCCCACCCCCACACCCCUCCUCACCCUCCCACCUCACGUCAGGCAACUCACGACAAGACCACCACGAGCACCGUCCCUCCUCCCCCUCUCCGAGUGAAGUUGACACACAUUGCGUCGGUCAUCUCUUCCAUCUACUCCACAACCGGGGCUGCCAGUCUGUCCCGCUCCACCCCCCACUCCCUCCCGCUCCAACAGAAACUGGCCGUCGCCACUCUCCUUCUCUGUGUGCGUGGGAAGUCGGUGAAAGAGGUGACUCUGGGGAGACUGGAGGACGCCUACGGCCGGGUGUGUCGACAGUGGCAGCUCAAGACAGAGGGCGUGGCCGAGUUUGUGGGGCUGUGUCAGGUCCUGGAGUCCAGGGGACUACUCACAAUCAGGAAGGCCAAAGAGACUCGAAUGACCAAGGUGACUCUGAAGCUGCAGGAAUCAGAGGUAGAGCAGGUGCUGCAAGACCAGCCCCUCCUCUCAACUGUACUGAACCAGACCCGGACGACUCAGUAGACAUUUCUCUCAUUUCUAACCACUCACUCUAUCUCACGUCAUGUAUACAAGUUGAACAACUAUUAUUUUUAAAGAAGAUUAU